AUGGGGGCAUUCCCAGAAUUGAAUUUCUGGCAACCAAAGCGAGAAUCACACCUCUCUGCCCCUCAGCCAACAUACAGCUUGAAUGAUUUGCCGUUUGAGUUUAAAAGCGUUGGAGCUGGUUUUGGAAUUAUCUUGCUUGUCUUUAGAUGCACAGAGGAUCUGAUCAACAUUAAGCUGAAUCAGUUGAUAUAG